AGACGCGCAUUACUGAUGCAUUUUGCCAACAGUGAUUCUUCUUUUGUUACCGAUGAAUAUUUUAACGUGUUCACUUUUUCUUUCAGAAAUGCCAUUUGCUUUACUGGCAACGUUCUACUGGCGACUAUAUAUAUAUAUAUAUAUAUCCCUUUUUUUCUUUUUCAGACCCUUGCGCCCCUCCCGCAGCCUUUGCAGCGCCAGUUGGAAAGAGACUGACAACACUGCACAUGCUCAGUGUGUCUCUGUCGGCUCGCCGUUUAAGUUGGGUGGACAGGAGGAAAAUAUCCUUGCUAGAAAUUAAAGCUGCCAGCAGCAGCCGUCUCAUGUACUGUAUACAACCAAGAAAGCUUAAGUUUAGCAAACAAAUGCGGAGCAGCUUAACAAUUUGAAAAGGAAUGAAGCAAGCAGCUGAGAGCAGCCUAUUCACAUCUUACACCUGUUUUUCUUCAUUUCUGAGUGCAUCUAUUUACCAUAUCAACAUGACUUUCCUCCUAGACAAUGUCCAGAAAAUAAUUACUUCACAAGAAAAGAAGUGCUAAAAAUCUGAAAUGAGAAAGAGACAACAUAGUGAUGGAAAUUCUCAAUCGUCUGGCAAUCCAAGGCCUGCCCCAUAUGGCUGUACUUGGUGCCUUUGCUGGCGCUGCACAUGGAAUGAAGAGAGAGUUGAAGGCUUUGAAAGACCCUCUCAUACAACUAAAAUGGAAAGUUUUGAGACCACAGAAGAGUGUUUACAAAUAACUCUACAAGAAGUUAUAUCAUGGGGCCAAAACUUUGAAAAAAUGAUGAGUACUUCAACAGGAAGAAAUGUAUUUAGAGAAUUUCUCCGCUCAGAAUAUAGUGAAGAGAAUUUGCUUUUCUGGCUUGCCUGUGAGGACUUGAAGAAUGAACAGAAUUCAAAAGUGGUAGAGGAGAAAGCAAGGACAAUCUAUGAAGACUAUGUUUCGAUACUUUCCCCAAAGGAGGUUAGUCUGGAUUCUCGAGUUCGUGAAGCAAUCAACAGAAACUUGAAAGAACCAAACUCUAACAUGUAUGAUGAAGCCCAGCUGCAAAUAUAUACCUUAAUGCACAGGGACUCAUUCCCACGUUUUUUGAAUUCUCCAGUUUACAAAUCUCUUCUUGCAAAAAUGUCAGAAAUUCCAUCUGAUCCGUAAUUCCUAAUUUCUAAUUUUGAAAGCAAUUUAGAACCACUUGGAGCCGACUCCCUUGAGAUAUAUAAUUUAAAACUACUCAGGCUACUGUGAAAGAAAAAACAUAUUUAUCCAUUAGUUUUCAAUUUUUUCUUAAAUUAUAUGAUACAGAUACAAAUGCUACUGAUCAAACAUUAAUUUGAUAAUAUUUACUGUGAUUGGAAUAGGCAUGUGGAUUUAAUAUAAUGAUAUUAAGAAGGAGAAAAGUAAACUGUAUAUUUUAAGCUAUGAAUUUUAAAUGUAUUAUUAAUUCCAAAUAACUGCAAUAGUUACAUGUGUAUUUUACCAAAACAACAAAGUUUUAACUCAGUAACUCCAUAUAAAUUUACAUCAGUUGCAAGAGGCAUGAUCUCACAGGUAGGAUCCUGUAACUGUGUAAAUAUCUUUGAAAAUAUCAGCAAAAGAUAUUCCACUGCAGUACUAAAAACAAAGGAUCAGUUAUGUUUCACUGAUUCCUGAACUGGUUAUGCAACUACUGUAUGUUAUUUGUGUGUGUUGUCAUAAACAUGAAGUCAUAACCACAAAGCAUGGACAGUUCAAUUAUUUGAAAUAUAUCAUAUUUGAUAGACGCAUGAUGUACCCGUUAUUCCUGUCAUUGGAGUUUUGUAACAAAAUUAACAAGAAGCACAAUAGUAUUAAAAUAAAAUAAAAAGCUGAUAAAGAAAAAAUGCCAGACCUAAAAGCAUUGGUGCUUUUGUAUUAUUGAGGACUUUAAAAACUUUGUAAGAUAAUUUAAAGCUUUAUGAAGUUUUCAGAGGUUUAACUUUCCAAUUUUACUCUUACACCUUUAUGAAAGUAACGCGUAUUGUGUUAAGUUUAAGCAUCAACUUUUGGAUCAGGUUGCUUAUUUGCAUAAAAUUUAAAUGCUUUGUCAAAGAUUGUUUAUAUUUAUUAUGCGUAAUGCAAGAACAGAAAAAAGCAGAUUGGCAUUUAUGGUCAUUCUGUUGUAGCCUCUCUUUAAAGGAAAGAAUUUCCUAUCAUAGGGCUCCAAAUAGAAUUUAUUUAAUUUAUUACACUGAAAACUUUGAAGGAAAUGCAAUAUAUUAUUGAAGAAAAUGUCCUUUAUGACAUUUUUUAAAUUGUUGAAUGAGACAUUGGGCCUUCUGUGAGCUCGGUAAAGCAGGUCUGAUGUGCGUAAAUGCAUAUUUAUUAGUAUAAAUAUGAAGUGCAUGAAUAAUUAAAAAAAUGAAUAAGACAAACUAGAUUACAGAAGAAAAAUAAUACAGGCAGUAUUAAUCAGAUAUAUGGUCAUUUAAUGUAAAGUUAUGGUGAUGGCCUUACAAUUUUCUCUCACUCUCUCUUUCAUUUAUCUAUCUAUUUAUUUAUUUUCACUACCUCCAAUGUCCAUUGAUUUAUCUGGUGUUGUGAUUUGCGAUUCAACAUUUGUCUCAACUUGAAGCCCAUCACUGUAAAAUUUAUUUGGAGAUUGCUGUGAAAUGCUUUGCUUAUUAUUUAGCAUAAGUAUACUUCAAAUUAUAAAAUGAAUUCAGGAAAACAAAAAUCAAGGGCUAAUACUGUAUUCCUUAUGCAAAUAUUUCGAAGUUAUACAUGAGAGAAAGGUCUUAGAAUGUGUCACUACAAAAGCUGACAAGAAUAUGGUUUACAUGUAUUUUUUUCUGAUUAUACUGUCUGCUUCGGCAUUUUUCUUAAUAAGUUUCUUUAUUUAAAAACUAUACAUUCAUUGUGAGUAAUAUUUUACUAAUAAUUUAUAAAUAAUACUUUGGCUGGAAUUUUCACUGUGCUACAUUUUCUUGUGAAAGAAUCUAUGAAAUACUGUACUUUUUAGCUGAUAAUAUCCUACUUACUGUAUGCUAGAGUAGGAUUUUAAUGUUUACUACAAAAUGCUGUAAAUCCUACCUUAAAUUACAUAUGAUAUGGGAACAUUGUGUCCCCUUUAAUAAAACAUGCAUGUUUUUUUUAUAAAAAGUGUAUUUAAUAGGGAUGAGCCUAAAGUCGUACAGUGUAAUUGGAAACAAACGAAAGUUUCUACCUACCUCUCCAAGGAGAUGAAUAUAUUUAUAGGGCAUACAUGGAAAUAUAAAAUACAUCCAGCACUGUAAAAUAGGCAAGAUCUCCCAGAUAUUUACUUUUUUUAAUCAAGGUGGUCUUAGCCAGGCCGUUUUAAUCCUAAAAAUGUAUCAUUUUCAAUAAACAAAGCAUACUCCUUACGAUACUGCACUGCACAUCACCUGGUUACUCGACUCUGUCCACGGAGGGCCCCUUUCAGUGCAGGCUUUUAUUGUAGGUAGCCUCAUACUAGGAGGAUAAUCUGUGGGAUCUUCUUAAUGGUUAUUUUGUUCCUAAUUACUUUUUUUGGUUUCCAGCUUUGCGGUAUUCUGGAUAAUCUCUUAUGUUUCAGGGCUCCUCAACACAAUCGUUCAUCCAAAACUAAUUCUGUUUAAAAAUCCCAGACAGUCAGUUUUGAACAGUUCUAGAUGAGCAGCUCACAGGCAAGACUCAUUACAAACUUUCAUAUCACUUUAUUGUAACUGAGUUUGAUUUUAAGACAAUAUAUAGCAUGGAAAGAGCAAGUAGUUCAGAAACAAUGUGGAGUAAAAAAAAGGCCAAACUGAGAGCUCAAACAGAAUGCACUAUGUGAACACAUUAUUGAGAUUUAUGUAGACAUGAACAUUGGUGUCAACAAGAAACUGCACCCAUUGUGGUCCUCCAUGGUCGAUUGUAUGGUAAGGCGGUAAAGUGUUUGCUGAGAGAAAAAAAUAAAUAAAAAACAGCUAACAUAAACUUUGACUGAAUCAAUUUAUUAUUAUAGUGUGGAGUGUAGACUGGAUAUUGGAAAUGUUAACAAGCUUGUAUUAUUUUAUUAGGGUUAGGGUUAGGUAUAGUAGGCACAGUUAACAAAUGAGAUUUUACUCUUAUACCAAGCCUAAUUAGCCAUUCAAAUCUAUUAGGGAAGAUGCAUAAAGUGUUUGAAUUUUUAAUAGUUCUAAUGUGCAAAAAAUUUUAAAUGUGCAAUAUCAUUGUGGCUGGUUUCAACUGAAUAUGGUAAAACCAAAAAAGGUCAUAGUAUUAGCACACCGAGAGAGUUUUCUUUCUAUUUCCAUAUAAUAUAUUUACAAUAGAAAUUUGACUAGCCUAAAUUUGAAAUGUUUAAUAGAUGCAUGUUCUAAGUGAUUUGAAAACAUACACAUCUUACACUGAUAUGAAGCAACUGUUUUUGGAUUUUAUAAUAUUCAGGCAAUUUCUGCCACUUACACAUUGUGUACUAAGCCAAAACUUGUUGCAUUGUUAUUCAUUUUAGUUAGGUGGACGAUCACAUUCUCAAUGAUGAGUAAUGAUGGAUUCUUUUGAAAUGUGUGGCACUAUUUAGGGAAGGUUAGUUUUUUAUAUCUUUCUAAUUUUUAAAUUUAGUCUUAUAUUUCCUUUUAAAUUAAAUUGAUGCAAUAAGAGUUUUCUUCAGAAAAGGCUCUAGAUAAUGGCAGAAGGUAUCAAAGUUACAAUUUUGCAAGCAGAAUAUAACCAGUUUUUCAAUUUUAAUGAAGUGAUAGAAGACUUUUACAGUCCUUUACAUGACAGAGCGCGCCUUUCUUUCUGUAUUAUGAACAAACUACAUCAGCAAAAAAGGAGAAAAAAUAAACAUCACACCGCAUAAAAGAACACUUUCUACUGACCUUGCAGUCUUUAUACUUUCCUGCCAUUUACUCAGACAUGAUGUCUGAAAACAGUUUCAAUGCUUUUUUUUUUGAUAGAGGACAUCAGAAAGUCCCCUAAUUGAAGUAUGACUUUCAGCUAACUACAGUUCUUAAUGUUUUUAAGUACUGUAGUGAAUUUCUAGUAGCGAUAAACAAUGUGUUGUUAACACUUGAAAAGCUUUAUCUCACCUCAAGUUUAAAAAGAGACUGGUGUUUAAACUUGUUAGUCGCUCUUUUUUAUUUUCUAUUCUUUCAAGAGCUAUUUAAUUAUUGCUGCCUUGCAGGCAGAUUUGUGAAUACAAGUAAACUUUUUGGGUUAGUGAUCAUGAAUCGCUUGCCAAGCAACAAAGUAGCAGCAAGUUCAAAAAGAAAACCUUUGUAAAAUACCUCUCCAUGCAGAAUACAACUCCUCACUUCGAAGAUUAUUUAUUAAACCUUUUUUUAGUUAUAUCAAGAGUGCACAAGCUAAAGUUCAUUUUCUAUAAUGUUUCAUUAUUUCCUACAACCUUCCAAUUUUAAGUGAUUAAUUACGUGAAAAAUUUUCUCAAGAAGAGGAGAUGGGGUAGUUGUGACUUCUUUUUUAUCCUUACAGCACUUGCAGCUAUUUGUCCAUAAUAAAGUUGUUUUCAAACUAUUUAUGUCUUGUAAUCUCUCAGAACAUGUACUCCAACUGAGCUAUACACUAUUGUUUUGUAACUGUAUAUUGUAUGCCUUGAUCUCAUUAUAUAACCCUAAAAUGUUAUUUAUAAGUAAUACAAAGUCAAAAUGGUGCUAAACAUGCAUAUCGUGCACUUAAUGUAUAUGAGGCUGACAUGGUAGCAGCAAUUUUGAUAAAUUGUUUCUUUUAUUAUUGCUCUAUGUAACAUGUGUGUACAUAAAGUGGAGGAAAUUGUACGGAAUGCUCUCUUUAUUCAGAAAGCACUUGGCAAGAAGUGAAGGAAUAUUUCUUCUGUUGCUAACUUUGUGAAUCCUUUUAAUAAUGGCAAAAAACAAGCUUUUUUGAAGCAAUGUUUAAAUAAAUAAAUCAUGCCAGUACUGGAUACCUUUAGUAGAAAAAAAAAUUAUAUUCCGUUUGCAUAUGCAUUUAUUAUUUCUAUGUAAUGGAUUAUAAGAACAUUUUUGAAAUGUAUUGCAAUGUUAUUUAAAAUCUUAAAUGAAGUGUACAUAUCAAUCCUGUAUUCAAAACCUGUGCAUUGAAAUAAA